UUAGGAUCUAACGUUGACCAAGUGACCUGUGCCCGUACAGGUUGCCCAGCAACACCAGAUUUAUAUGCAACAAAAGGACAAUUAGAACUGGGUGAAGCAUGAGCCACCUCAGUGGUAGAUCGUUAUCAGAAAUGGCAAAUGUUUUCAACAAGCAAUUAAAAACUACAGAGCAAAACUGCUGUUCAAUGAACAUAUUCACUGCAUGCUGCAAAUGUUUAAACUGCUCUAGGAAGACCGAAGGGCAGCAUAAAAUGAAACGACUGAUGACCCGCAAGGAGAGGAGUCAAAUGAGAGGUGGUGGGAAAGCAGCCUCAAAGACCAAAUCACAUCACCAUCAUUGGUGUCAGCAAAGCAGUAAAGAUAUGGCAUAUUUCCAUAACUGUUGUCAUAGUAGCUGUUACUGUCCUUCAAGGAGAGCUGCACCAAUUCCAAAUGUCGUUCCUACCACACAGGAGCUCAGCAUCAUCACAGACAGCCGCCUGAUAGGACACCAUGGCCUGUUCAACCACGAGGUGAAGUCUGUUGACAUUGAAAGGUUGUUAACUGAGCAGGGGAAACUGGAGAUAAAACAACAGCAUGUACAGGAAAGGAACCAUACCAUUUCACGUCCAUCUUCAACACAUCUCAUUACUUCUCCAGUCUCCCCUGAUGAUUUGUUGGGUGCUGAUGCUAAUACAGUUGUGACUGUUGAAAGGAAAGCAGGCAGUGCUAUAAAAGCACAGAAUAAUUGCUGGGAAAAAGAGAAGAAAAUCAAUCAGGAGUCAGAUAUUACACUAGCUCAGAGACCACAGCAAGAACUUGAUCUUUCAUCUGGAAGCUAUAAAAGCAUCUUCUCAUCUAAACACAGCCCCCUUGAUAAAGUAAUAUUUAAGAGUGAGAAGACCAACUCUGUCAAGUCUGAAAAGGACAGAGUAUCUCAGCUAUCUCCUACUAUUGACAGAGGCAAUGUGAACUCAUUAAAGAAGACUGCUACACUUGAACAUACUCCAAAGAACCAGGAGUCUUCUGUUGAACAGACACAAGCUCAUGGUCUCAGUCCAAGCCCACUUCAGCUCCCCCACUCGCUCACUGCUGAUAGCUUUGACAUACAACACAGAAGACAAGAUCCCCACUGUGUAUCCAAGGCUGUCAGUGCAGUGGCAGCACGUUUGUGUGACUCUCUGCACUUCCCAUUUCUGAGAAGGCAUAACUUGGAGACAGAAAGUAGGGAGAUGCUGUUGAAAGCUCUGCAGGACAGGCAUGGACCCCGACUUCAGGAGAACCUUCUCAAGGUGCAGCAGUGUCUCAGCUUUGGUACUGAUCCUGCAAAGAUAGACCAAGAUCAGGAGCCUGCUAUGAUUGAUGAAGAUGAGCUCUUAUCUACAGCAUUUCAAGUUGAUACUGAGAGGCAGCCAUGUUUUGACAUGCAGCAAGCCAAAUCUUUUGGAAUCGCAGGAAGCACACAUUUUGACUGGAAGUCUACUCUACAACCACACCAAAGCCUGGAAAAGACUGCUGAAUGGUCGAUGAGUCCUUUAGAUGCUGCUGCCAAUUUUUUGGAUGAUACACUCAGACCUAGUGGCUCUCCUCAGUUCUGCUUGGACUUUGAGCUCUCUGGAGCUUCAGUAAGUGAUCAUCUGUUUGCUCCCUCUGCCACCCCAUGCUGGGGAGAAAAAACCUCAGCAUCUCAGUGCUGGGAAGACAGUUUCAACAGGACAGAGAGCAAAGAGUCCAUUAUGUUUGAUUCCUUUGAAAGCAGCUUUAUGAACCACACCAAAGCAGUUAGAAAGAAGAGCUAUGGGCCACAGUAUAGUGACAGUAACAUCCAGCCCUCCUUUCUUUACAAAGCACAGCUGCCACAUAGACAUUCAGCAGAGCCAGUGCGCUUUACACGGAAGCAAGACCCUUUUGAAACUGACAAAUACUUGUUUGCUUCCUCCUUUUCUCCCCAAAUUUGCCAUCACAAUCAGAUCAACCACUUCCAGCCUUUUAGCCAUUUCAGUCACCCUCCAACUUACCCUCCCAUCAGGGCCCAUCACACUGACAUGAUGCAAUACCCGCCAUCUUACAUGCUUGAAAGAGACCCACCACCUCACCUUUCUUCUUUUCCGAGCCCUGAGCACUGGUCCUUUCCUCCAAUGAGACUGUACUAAUGUGUAGUGAAGCUUUGUAUAGAGACAUGCCUUUAAUUGUUUCUUUGGUCAGCUUAACAACAGCCUUCUCAUAAUUCAUACCAUCAAAGUUCAGUCAGUGAAAAUAUAUGUUCUGUGCAUAUAUUUUAUUUUUAAAAACCCAGUAUAAAAUAUAAUGGUAUCUGUCAUCUCAAGAGGCACCUCUGUUGUUCUUUUGUACACAGAACAGAAGUAUGUAUUAUUUGUAUCUCUGGAGCAUUUUUAAUGUGGAAACUGUAUAAUAACUCAUAUCUUCAUUAACAUAGGUGCUAUACUGGGAAAUUCUGUACAGUGCAAGAAUUUUAGCCAAGAGUGUGCUAUUGUGAAAGCUCUGUUAUUUGGUUUAUUUUUGUUUGUCUAGGCUUCAUUUAAAUGUAAGACAAUACAUUUAUACAAUUCUACAUGAGAGAUAUGUUAAGCAAAAAAUAAACUGAUCACAGGAUAUUCACUGA